AUGGAGAAGCAGAAAACGAAGUCUCAGAAGGAUAAGCUUAAAGAGCAGAACAAGUCUCGAGAAUCCGUUAUCGGGACUCUGAACAAAUCUAAGGAUGAAACGGAGAAGAAACAGACCAAUUCAGGCGAAAAAUCCAAGGAAGCCGGAAAAUCUAAAAUAGCGGCAAGAGAAAAAGAAAACACUCCAGUCAUACAAAACAUUAUCGAGCCAGAUGGUAACCAUGACACGAAAGAAUUGAGCUCCAAAGGCGAGGAGAAAAACCGGAAAGGUAGUACCAAAAAGGAGCUGAAAGAUCAACCUUAUAUUACCGACGAUAGCCACGUUAAUCAUAACAAAUCUGAUACUAAGACUAAGCACAAGAACAAAGCAGGCAAGAAUAUGAAAGAAGGUAACGGAGAAAGCGCAGGUAGUAGAGUUCAGCAACAAACGAAUGUUCCGAGCGAUGACACAAAAGAGAAAAUAAAUAUCGUCGACAAAAGCAGCUUGAUGGAAAUUGCAAAAUCAUCGGACACUCAAAAGGCUCCGUUGGAAAAUAUAAUUGAGAGACCAAGCGUGACUACGAAAGCCGAAAGCACGACAAGACAGAAAGACACGUCGAAGAAAGAACCAUCAUCGAAGAGCAAAACAAAGUCGAAAGAACUGAAGCUUGAAGUCGAGGGUAAUAAUAAGAAUCGGGAGAAGUUGGAAAACGGUGUUAAAGAGAUGCUCAAAAAUAGUUCUCCCGAAUCCAACAAAUCGCUGGUUGAUACUGAAGUCAAAGAUCCGGAGCCAAAAGUGCUCGACAGCGCAAAAGUUGUUGAGGUAAACGGCAACGUGAAAGGUAAAGCUAAUUCGCACAAAAAAGAUAAAGCCUCAAAAGAGCGCAAUGAAACUGAAGCUAAGGAGUCGAUUGAAAACAAAAGAAAGGAGUAUCGUCAAACGGACGCUAAAUUAAAAAUAGAAAGGGCAAUGUCCCCAGAGAGUCCGGAGAAAAUAGGUGAGAAUAAAGCUUUCAUUAGUGAUACGAACGAUGAAAAAACUGAGAAGCGAGAAACGGAGAAAGGUCAGACGAAAACAGGCAAACAGAAAAGAUCCGAUAAAACGAAGUCUAAUACGCAAGAUACAGAUAAACUCAAGAUAGACUCUUCAUCCAAAUCUUUAAUCGAACUUAUAGCGGAAACUUACGCCCAACCAGCGGAGGAAACACAUUUCGCUAAAGAAAACGUGUCGGUAAGCGACAACAGCUAUCUUACUCAGUCCAAAUCGGAUGCCAAAGGCACCGACGUUAAAACGUCUGUUAAAACAGACGAGAAAGGAAUGACGGUAAAUGUUCAAGAUAAUAAACGCGCGCCAGAGGCUACGUCAAAGAAUAAGAAAAAAGGACGUAAGAUACCGGUGACGACGAGCGCCUUUAAACCAGCCAGGAAAAUCAGGACAAAUAAACAGAUUAAAGCCGACGAGGCAACGAACUCCGAACGAUGA